AUGCCCGUAAUCUCACUAGGAGAGUCUAUACCUCCGGACACGGCUCAUGCAGUGAGUGUGUCCCUGCCGACAUGGCAGGCCAACGUCGACUAUGAAGAAGGUGAAGCUCGAGUCUUGAGCCGCAUGGUCACUGGUUAUCCUCGGUUCUUCAUUCACAAGAGCAUCGAGGCGUUUGGCAAAGACCUUGUCGCUGCUUACGGACAGCCUGGCCAACGGAUCUUGUUGUUUGCUACGGCGGCCGCUGCUCGGAGAUGUCUGGAGUUUAUGCGCUCCCGAGUGACUCCAGAAAUCGCCAACCAGAUCCACGUAGUUGACCUUGCGCUUGAUGCUUCCAAGGAUGUCUCCCCGCUGCUGAAGCAGCUAUCACCCACCAUCUCCGGGACCAUGUUCCCGCAGGAGUCCUUUCCGGUAGCGAAGGAGUACUGGCAACACACGGGCGACGGAAUCUCGAGCCGACGGGCCGAGUUCUGCCAUGAACUCUUCAAGCACGGUCAAUUGGUUGCGGUCAGCGAACAACAGGCUCAGCAGCAACCCCGUUACACUCCUCCUCCAGAAAAGCCUGUUCGAGGCCCGAAGCGGUAUUCACGAGCAAAGUCCACCGGCGGUGCCGACUUGGCUGGCGCUGAAAACAAGGGGGCCGCCCCCUCCUCUCCAGAGAUUCAGGAAGAGGCACGCGAGAGCUUCCAUUUUCUUGAAGAGCGCUUCGGCAGGAAUCUGGACCUUUCCCAAGUGGCGCGCGCAAAGUCGGCCAUUCGGAGGAGAAUCGCCGGCUCUCUCGCGGGCGAUGCGGACAUGAAUGACGACACCAAGACGAGCAGCGAGGCAAACACCCGUGGCUUCGAGUCUCUCGACGAGACCGACGUCCUGCUGUAUCCCUGCGGCAUGAACGCCAUCUUCAACGCCCACCGGGCCCUCCUGGCCGCUCUGGGCUCGCGCAAGAGCGUCAACUUUGGCUUCCCCUACAUUGACACGCUCAAGGUUCUGGAGAAGUUUGGCCCGGGCGCCGUUCUCUACGGCCAUGCUUCGUCGGAGGAGCUCGACCAGCUCGAGAGCACGCUCAAGGAGGGGCAGCGCUUCCUCGCCCUCUUUUGCGAGUUUCCGGGAAACCCCCUUCUCGCCUGUCCGGAUCUCAAGAGGAUUCGUCGACUGGCAGACGAGUUUGGCUUUGCCGUGGUCGUCGACGAGACGAUUGGCACGUUUGCCAAUGUCAAUGUCCUCCCGUAUGCCGACAUCGUCGUCAGCAGCCUGACCAAGAUCUUCUCGGGCGACUCGAAUGUCAUGGGAGGAUGCACCGUCUUGAACCCGGAAGGCGAAUAUUACCGCGUGCUCAAGAAGGCCUUUGAGGAGCAGAUUUACGAAGACGCGUACUGGGUGGAGGAUAUCCUCUUCAUGGAGAGGAACAGCCGCGACUUCUCCAACCGAGUGAAGCGCAUAAACGCUAACGCGGAAACAAUCUGCGACAUCCUCCGGAACCACCCGCUCGUCAAGACGGUCUACUAUCCCAAGUACAACCCAUCAAGGCCCAACUACGAGGCUUGUCGCCUCCCCGAUGGCGGCUACGGAGGCCUGCUCUCCGUCGUCUUCACUCACCCACAGUAUGCUCAGACUUUCUAUAACAAUUUGGAUACCGCCAAGGGGCCGAGCUUGGGGAGCAACUUUACUCUCUGCUCUCCUUACGUCUUGCUGGCGCAUUACCGGGAGUUGGACUGGGCGGCUCAGUAUGGUGUAGAUGCGAAUCUGGUUCGUGUCAGCGUAGGCUUAGAGGAGCCUGAGGAGCUGCAGCACCUAUUUCAGAAAGCAUUGGCUGCAGCUGAAUCAGUAACAAUUGCGUAA